ACCGGCCGACCUCGCAAAAAGGCACGCGGAUAAAAAGCAGAGGACGCGCACGGCCGCACGCACAUCCAAACCGCAGAGGCAGCAGCAGCCGUCGGCGGCGGCCGGGCCAAUAAAACUGCCGUAACGAACCAGCACACGCUGCUCUGCCCUCUCUCUCCAUAACCAGCAGCAGCGGCAGCAACGAGCAGUUGCAGCCGCACCAGGUCACCAGCAGCAGCCGCGCGCUGAAGGAGAGCUGAAGAGGACCUCGCGGGAUCAUCAGAAGCAGAGGCCGGGGCGCGCGCGCGAGCGAGCGAGGCGGGCACAGGGGAGACCGGAGGGGAGCGAGCGUCGAGGCUGGCCGCCGCGAGGAUCCCGGCGCCCGUGCGCGCUGUCAUGGCGUGGUGGCGGAAGAAGGUGGUCUCCCCGGCGCGCCGCGCGUGGGCCGCCGUCUCCACCCGCGUCCGCGCGCGCAACCCAGGCGGCGGCGGCAGCAUACUGAAGCUUCACGAGGACGUGCAGACCUGUGGCUACAGGGACGUGCAGGUGAUGUUCGAGAUCCUGACCUCGGAGCUGGAGGUGGCCUCGCACGGCCCCAAGCACCACCCGCGCAAGCGCCCGGCGUGGACGCCGCCGCCGCCGUGGCCCAGCCACCGGUCGUCGUCCAUGAUCGCGGCCGCGCAAUAGAGGGCCCCCGACGCCGACCGGACGUGGAGUCGUGGACAUCAGGACAUGGAGUGGAGAGCUGCGUGUCAUGGUUAUUAAUAAGCAGUCAAGAACACCUGGUUAGUACGUGAUAAUAGCUAUUAGUCUGUCUCUGAACAUGUGGUGCCAAGGUAAUCAGGCAUGCGUCCCCCUGCCCGUCUGUGCCGCGAAAGAGCGCGAAGAAUCCAGCAGCGUCAAGGUGUAAGUGUGUGCGCUGUAAGCUGGUCUGAAUGUCUGUACAUACUACAUAGCACUUGUGCUGAAUUUUUCGCAAGGCUCGGAGAAAUAGAUGGAGCAAGAGGGGUUUGUUUUUCAAUUAACUUGUGUAUCUUCCCGUUGCCAUUUGUAUGGUUCAUGAGCUGUUUAAGCAAUUUUCUGAAUAA